AAACUAAAUGUUAUUGAACGCUGAUGUUUAGGCUUUCGUGCUUUCCUUUCGCGGUGUCGUCGUGGAACCAUUCACGAGAUUCUUCGUUCGGCUUUAAGCGCACGUUGGCUUGUUACGUUUGUCAAUACUAGUAAGCCGCUAGGCACACACCAGUGUGCUAAGCCACGAGAUAUUCUGCCGAUGCGAUAGGACGGCACCUCACAACGCAGCUUCCAGGUUAUGUCACGAGCCAACGUCAACACGGUCACCGCGCUGAAGUUGGUGACCAACACAUGGUUUAGCGUUACGGCGAGCAUCGUCGAAUUCCAGUGGGGCAAGUCGGACCUGCGGCCUCGGUGACGGGAGGACGGAGUCUCCUUUCCACUACUUGUGGGUCAUGUUGAAGGGUGAAGCGGGCAGAAGAUUACCUCGGAAUACUGACUACUGCUCUGGACAGCUACAAUGACGAUGCGCUUCCACCAGAGGCGCUUCUUCGCGUACCUGAGUGGAGCUCCCAACCUACACACGCUCAGCUUCGUGUCUUCUCAAAGCUACACUCUGGUGACAACGGAUAGAUGUGUGUCUCUUUUGAGCUAUGGAGAUGCCGGCUACAGUCUGUACAAGAUGGAAGUAGACGCUCUUCGCACCGGAAAGGCGGAUGUGGUGGCGAGCGCUGUCAUUGAGCGACCAGCAACGCACCAGUCACGAAUCGCAGUCGCAUACGCAGUGGGAGAUGCGCUCUUCCUGCAGAUUUUAGCCCCUCACCAUGAACCUCUCGGCAAGGAAGACGGUGCUGAAGCCUCUGGUUGUGGGAAGUUUGAGUUGGAGGCAGCACCCACAUGCAUGUUCAGUGUACGGGCUGUAGGGUCGAAUGGGGGCGUCUUUUACGGCGUCAUGGUGUGCUGCACAGACUCCAUGAUGGCGUUUGGAUAUAUUGAGAGCAGAAAGGAUAUCUCCACAACCGAUUCUACUGCUGUUUGCGCUCGUCUGGAUAACGACCAAUUCGCCGCCUUCUUUCCUGAACUCGCUACGUUCACGCACACGAUCCUGGCAGUGAAUAUCUUCACUUCACCUGAAAAGGACCAAGGCUGGAUCGCGUUCGGUUGUGCUGACGGCCUGGUGUGUGUACUCCACGGGUCGAUGCAACAAGGAUGCCUUGGCGGCCCGUUCAAAAUGAAAGACCUACAGCUGAAUGGCCCCGUGACUUCUGUGGCUCUUUUCCCCAAGCAGAAGAAGACAACCAAAGAAGCAACGUCGAUUUGGUGCUGUAACCUGCUGGUGACAUGUGCGAUCGGCCAGGCGGUUGUCUACGAGGACUUAUAUAGCACUUCCAACGAAGACCAGACCAGCGAGGUUUUGGUGGACUCUGACACAUUCGACUCGAUUUUCGCGGGCAUCACUGCUGAUAUCGACCUGGUAAGCGUACACCACACUUGUAGGUUAUGGUCUUCAAAAUCUCAGAUUGUGUAUUAACGUGCUCGUAGGAUGGAGAAGUUGAGCUGCUGUUGGGAACGGACAGUCAAGUCAUGUUGGCAUACAAAGAGGGCGCGGGUGAUGACAGUAGCCACGCUGAAGAUGCAACGACGAACUCGCAUGUCGACGAGUCAAGCUCAGCAUCACCCACAUCGCUUGACAGUUCACAUAAUAUUUGGAACGAAUUGGAGACGAUCUCAGUUGCGGGUGAAGAGGUUCACCCAUCUGCGACCGAGUCUUCGCUAGCACGAAGACGGAAAUGGCAGCGAUUGGCUCGGAGCCAGUGGGACUUGGAGACAUUCGGUGCCAUCUACAGCCUUUUGUGGCGCGACAUUAACCACGACGGCGUACCUGAGCUUCUCAUUGCCAGCUCCACAGGUAUCUACGUGUACGAAGCCGACCCGGUCUUCGUGAUCGACAAGCUCGAGCAUGUCUUGGCCGCAUUGCACACGUCUUCAACUACCGCACAGUGAUUUGUACAAAUCGCAAUCAUCCAUCAUUGUCACAUCUGAUUCGCCAAAAACACUCCGUAUCUGCAUCUAAUUGGUCAAUAGCAGUAGCUCUAUCUUAAAGAAUAUUCUGUACGAUAGUAAUGGUUCCAUUUUGCCGCAAAA